AAUGAUUCGAUAUAUUGAUGCAUAUCCAAUCAACAGUUGUCUUACGACGACUGUCGCCUGAGCAGCGUCCAAUGGGAGGCGGGCGAGGGACGGACCAAGUGGAUGGAUGGCUGGAGUUACUCUCUGUGGUCUCAAGAUUAAUGGAGCGGGGCUGUUGACUUUAGGGAUAGCCUAAUAGAUGGUUGCUCCCAGCAAAUCGUCGUAUCUGACGCCCGUUUUAAAAAUUCUAGGAAGCGAUCUUGACUCAAUCAAGCAGGAGCAUCGGAGUCGUUUCAAUAUUGUUUUCGUAUGAAUUGUAUAGGCCCGACAGCACAGCGAUAGCACCUGGCUAGCUGCUAGCCAAGUGGAGGCACAGGCCAGGGUACAACGGCGAAGGAUUUGACAGGUAGUUAACGCUAGCCUGCUAGCUAAACAGCUCGCUACGUUUCGUUGGAAAAUUAUUUGUUUUCGACGUCCCCAUCAGAGGAUCCGAAUGCAGUAAGGCAACUGUCAGAAUACUAAGAUAGUUCAAGGCAAAUAGCAAUCUCAAAAGAAUCGGAGCGUAUUUGGAAAAUCUGCAAAGUGACUAGCCCGUACUCGUUUGAUGUUGGUUUGCUUGGUAUCCUAGCUUACCAACAACGUUAGCAUUGGAUGUGCCUAACUGGAGUUUUUCAAAGUCGACAACGAGAAGUAGUGGAUGAAAUAUUGACAUUUUUUAGUUGAUAAUGGUAUCUGUUAGCUAGUCGCUAGCAAGACUAUCGACCAGCACCGUUUGCAGUUAGCAACACUUGAAGGCUUGUGAAGAGAACUCAGCGCCAGCCGAGAGACUCGACCAUAGACCUGCAAUCAUGGGCAACACGCCCACCGCCAAGAAGGGCAACGAAAUGGAAAGUGUGAAGGAAUUUCUUGCCAAAGCCAAAGAAGACUUCCUAAAGAAAUGGGAAAAUCCAGCACAGCAAACCGCGGCACUGGACCACUUUGAGCGGCUCAAGACCUUAGGAACGGGUUCGUUUGGUCGAGUCAUGCUAGUCAAGCACAAAGAAUCGGGCCAGCAUUUUGCCAUGAAAAUACUUGACAAACAGAAGGUGGUGAAGCUGAAGCAGAUAGAACACACUCUCAAUGAGAAACGCAUCCUGCAAGCAGUGAGCUUCCCCUUCCUGGUGCGGCUGGAGCACUCGUUUAAGGACAACACUAAUCUCUACAUGGUAAUGGAGUAUGUUCCCGGGGGCGAGAUGUUCUCACACUUGAGGAGAAUCGGCAGAUUCAGCGAGCCCCACGCCCGCUUCUACGCCGCCCAGAUCGUGCUGACCUUCGAAUACCUUCACUCACUGGACCUCAUCUACCGAGACCUGAAGCCAGAGAACUUGCUCAUCGACCAGCAGGGCUACAUACAGGUAACAGACUUUGGAUUCGCCAAAAGAGUGAAAGGGCGGACCUGGACGCUGUGUGGGACGCCAGAGUACCUGGCGCCGGAGAUCAUCCUAAGUAAGGGUUAUAAUAAGGCCGUGGACUGGUGGGCCCUGGGAGUGCUGAUCUAUGAGAUGGCGGCUGGCUACCCCCCCUUCUUCGCAGACCAGCCCAUUCAGAUCUACGAGAAGAUUGUAUCGGGGAAGGUUCGGUUCCCCUCUCACUUCAGCUCGGACCUGAAAGACCUGCUGAGAAACCUGCUGCAGGUGGACCUGACCAAGCGCUUUGGCAACCUCAGGAACGGAGUCAACGAUAUCAAGGGCCACAAAUGGUUCGCAACCACUGAUUGGAUCGCCAUCUAUCAGAGAAAGGUCGAGGCUCCCUUUAUUCCCAAAUGCAAAGGCCCCGGCGACACGAGCAACUUCGACGACUACGAAGAGGAGGAGAUCCGAGUGAGCUUCACGGAGAAGUGCGGGAAGGAGUUUGCGGAGUUCUAGAUCCGUGCUUCAGCUGCGGAUGGAUGAAGAGACGGGGCUUUAGGAUAAAAUACAGGGGGGAGGGGGGAUGGAUGGAGGGGGGGGGGCGUGGGACUGGGGAGGGCGGGAGAUGAGGGCAUGAGGAAAAGGAAAUGGCGGAAUCCAGGUUGGAACUGCUAAUUUUGCUUCUUUGUAAUGAUGAUGUAAAACUAAAAAAAUCUCCUUCAGCCCCCAACCCCCCCUCACCCCCCUGAUUGAGAGAUUGGCAGAGCAAAAGUUGGAUCCAGCAGUGUUGCCUUUUCUGAUUUUGUUUUUCCUCUACUGUUACCUUAUUUGUUUUUACUUUCUCCCUCCUGUGUUCCGUGUCACGGGGGUGGAAGGAGAAAAGAAGGAAGGAAAGGGGCCUACGUCCUCCUCUCUCACUCUCGACUCGGGUCUCUGGUGUCUCUCUGACAGGUGUGGUGGCGCCUCGGCGACGCUAGGUGUCAGGGCGCCGAGGUGCUAAAUCUGCUGGUCCUCCCUCCUCCACCCACCCCCUCCUUCCUCAUGGGUGCCCUCUCCCCUUCCUACAUGCUACCUGCGAAGAGCGCUUGUCAAAAUCUUCUGUCACCCUUAUCUCGCUUCCACCAUCCUCCUCCUCCUCCUCCUCCUUUUUUUUUUCUUUCUUCUCCAAAAUUAUGUCCAAGCAAUACCAAGUCAACAGACGUGCCUAUCACAGCACCCGCGGGCUGAAAACCCGGCGUCAGGGCGUGGACGCAAAGCUUCGGCGGAGGUAGCCCUUGUGCCCAUCAUGGCUUAAGAAAUUAUACAAAAUAAAGCUUGACAGUGCACCUGCCUUUGUCUGGAAAAUGUGGCACUGUUGUCGGAUAGAUUCCUGCUUUUGCAGCUGAGGCAGUGGUAAUCGUUUAUCAAGAGUAAAACAAAUGAUUUAUCCGUUUUUUUUCUUCAUCUAGAUCUCGCUUAUUCUCCGCACUUGUGAAGAGAGAAAAAAUGUAUAUGAGCUCUGCAUUCAAGUUUGUCUUUUUCUCUUAGCUGAAUUUACGAGAGCAUUUUUAAAGUCCUCUUUGAUCAGUUUGUCAUUUGUAUGUCGGUCUCUGUGCUUGAGUGUUUUUUAGUUUUCCGGGGUGGAUUUGAAAAAGUCACGAUUGGCAGCAACUAACAUUGUAUUCACACACUCCAGACUUGUUUAUUUAAUCAUAGUACACUUAUACAUGUAUAUUGAGAUAUAUAUAUGCGUGUAUAUAUCAGAGAAAAUAAAACAUUCAUACUCCUAUAGUAUCAUGGCUGUAAACCCGAAAUUUAGGAUUUUCAUAAAUCAACAGGUUUGAAUUCUGCCAAAUUUGCAAAGUUAAGGACAUUGCAAAGUUUUCUGUACGUAUCUAUGAUAAUGAAGGUGGUGGAUUUGAAUACGCAAAAAAAGUAGCAAAAUGUUUCAAAAAAGUGCAUGUUAUUUUUGUACAAUAUCACUUUUCAAGAGGUAACCGAGCAUCAAGUGUUGAGGUACAUGGGGGGUGGGGGGGGAAGGAUGAUUGAGAGUCACACAGUGACUGUUGCAAUCGACUCCACUGUGCUAUUUGGAGGACAGCACGAUUUAACCUGACGGGCAUCCUUGCUUCUGGAACCCUUGUUCAUUUGCUCACUUGUUGGUAGUAGCCUCACUGAUAAUUGUCCAUUCACUAGGUCUGCAUAGUUUAUGUUUUUUGUAAAUACCCUGAACAAAGUUUGAACCGAGGAAGGUAAUGCUUAACGAUGACCCCUAGAUUAUGUUAUCUUUUUCCGCCACAUUAAUUUAUAUUAACGAAAGACAAUCGCAGACCAAAUCCAAAUGCUGGUUUGUUGACUGAUUACAUUGUCUUGGUUUAAUGAUGUAUGUAUGCUUUUUGGCUUCCAUUCUUAUUUUUUUCCGAUAUGCCCUAGGUGCUAGAGGUUGCCAUCCACUAAGAGAAUAAUACUUAUUUCUGUGAGUUGUUGCUGUGCAUCGGUCUCUCAUACGGUCUUGUAAUGCAUCCCCAUUUUUAAGUGUAUUCCAGUCAGAUGAUUUCAUUCGGCCCAUCACUCUUGUCAUUUCUAAAUGUUAAGAAAAAAAAUGCAGAAUGCCUUUUUGAAUGUCUCUGGUUGUGUGGAGUUCAGGAGAAAGUUUCCACAGCGUUUUGAACUCUGAAGAUGUUUCCUUUCUAAGUAUUGAUGUGUUUCUCUGUUUUCCUUGCAUGUGUGACAAAAUGAGACAGCAAGAAUUGCCCUGGACCCGUGAUGUGAUUCAGGAGCCACAGGGCUCUCAGACCCCCCCCCCCCCCCCCCCCCCCCCCACACACACACUUAACAUGUUGCUAUUCUCAUUGCUAUUGCUUAUUUUAAUUUUUCGUUUGUCCGCACAUACAUGCAAUGAACAAGUCCAAGUAAGCCUACAGACAGCCACACUUACAGAAAUAUUCAAACAUACCCACACCCACAUACAGAUGCACACAGACACUACACUAGGCUACUACUACUGCUACUACUACCCUUGUCAAAUCUCAAUAUGAUGAGAUUGAUGUUGAUGCAUAUGUUAUUUGGUCUUAAUUCAUUAUGUAACUCUUUGAAGAUGGCACAUGUAAUAUAUACUUCUGGGUCUGCAGACCAUGUGCGGAUGAAAAAGUGAUCAGUGUUGGUGGGUCAGAGGAACAGUACGUUGACUACUUAUAACACCAUAAGGCCAUAGUAUUUCUUUUUCUCCCUCUAUCCCUAAUAUCCCACCCCUAUUUAAUCAACCAAACACGUUCAACUGCUUCAGGCUUGACCUUCACCCACUACACACCCAAAUACACACACAUACACGUAUUCAAACACAGUUAUGUUGGCCUUCUGAUCGCGUUUAGUUUCCACAUGCUCAUCUUUCAAAACAUUACUCUUUUUACAUUUGGAACGUUAUUUUGCGUUCAUGUUUUCUAAUUGUAUUUUCAAAAAAACGUGAAUCUCUCUUCCUUCUAACCUGGGUACAGUGAUUGUGUAGUCUAUUGUACCUUUUUGGGAAACAAUACUAUAUUUCUGCCUUUGACAGUCUUAACUAUAUUACCCUCUGGAGAACUUGACAGAUACCCUUAGACAAUGAGUAUGUUAAAAAAAAUACAUAAAGUAAUAUUUUGCAAAAUGUAUCAUUCCAAUAAAGUUACUUGUUAAGACUAAAAU